AUGCAAGAACACCAAAAUUCAAUGACCAACACGACGAUCACUCCCACUCAAAAGCUACAUCAACACGAAUAUCAUAAUUACUUACAAUUUCGAGAAAAGAUGAUCAUCCGAGAUACGAAAUGUUUUGUUUGUUCUUCUCCUGAAUUUAAAGAUUAUUCUUUGGAAGAAAUUUUAGAGAACAAGGCUUUGAUAGAUACUCACUCGAUGGAAAAGGUAGAACAACAAGUUCAAUUUUUGAGAGAGACACUGAAUAGUAAUGAUGGUUUUAUAUGCUCGGAUCAGGAAAUUAAAUUCAAAUUAUUGCAAUUUACAGAACAAUCGGAACAAGUUGAAAUUCAUCCGAGAGAAUUAUUCAUUCCCUCCCACUCGUUGUAUCAAAGAGCCUACAAGUAUUACUUGGCUGAUGCUAAGAAUGAUGAAGCCAUUAGUGGUUUUCAUACUCUGAACAAGAUAUCACUCACUGCAUUAUUGAUUGGAAUUCCUCUCAUGAUGAAACACUAUGCCAUUCGUAGAGUAUGCUCUUCAUUACUACGUACUAUUUUUAAUUCCAAAGUUGCUUGA